UAGAUCCCUCCUUUCUCCAUUUUUUUUUUUAUCUUUUCUAAAAUUCUAUAUAUUUGCUUUAUUGCGAGAAUAAAAUACUGGGUAAUUGGGUAUGUUGUUGUUGUUGUUGUUGUUGUUGUUGUUAUUUAGAGUAACUUGACGUGGCACGGUCCCAUUAAUCGUCUAUUCAUUGUAUCUUCACCUUCACCAGCCACGUCUCUAAUAUGUCUAUAUAUAACCCACUAAAUAUCAUUCAUCAAAGACAUACACAUCCUCUUUGUUUUCAUUUCCAUUGUUUGACAACUAGCUGAUGCAGCAGAAAGGUAGAAACAAUAACCGUAGAUCCAGGAGCUUCUCUAGAUCUCGUCUUGCCAUUGAGGGUUUUUAGCUUCUCUAUCUCUCCCAUACCAUAAUUAAAAUACUGGGUAAUUGGUUGAUGAGUCUUUUGAUGUAUCACGCAAGGAGCAAAUGGCUAUUGUCUUACGAUAUAUUGAUAGAAAUGGAUUUGUGAUGGAGCGGCUUCUUGACAUUGUUCAUGUUCAAGAUACUAGUGCUUUAUCUCUAAAGAGGGCAAUUGUUAAUUUACUUGCUCAACAUUCCUUAAGUCUAUCAUAUGUGCGUGGACAAUGUUACGAUGGGGCAAGCAAUAUGCAAGGUGAGAUCAAUGGCCUUAAAAUGUUGAUUAGGCAAGAAAGUAGAUCAGCCCAUUCCAUUCAUUGUUUUGCUCAUCAACUUCAACUAACUCUUGUUGCGGUCUCGAAAAAAUGUAUUGAAGUGGGAAAACUUGUAGUGCUGGUUUCAAAUAUUUUGAAUGUAUUGGGAUCUUCUUUUAAGCGUAUGGAUGAAUUUCGAGAUUCUCAAAAAGAAAGAAUUCAAGAGGCACUAGAUUUGGGUGAGCUUACAACCGGUAGUGGCUUGAAUCAAGAACUUGGUCUUUCAAGAGCUUGUGAUACGCGUUGGGGAUCUCAUUUUAAAUCUUUCAACAAUUUUAUUCUUAUGUUUGGCUCUAUUCUUAAUGUUCUUGAAUCACUUGUUCUUGAUGCACGAUUAUUGGAUGAAAGAGCCAAAGCAAUGGGAUAUCUUGAAGCUUGUCGAACAUAUGAGGUUGCGUUCAUGUUGCAUUUGAUGAGUGAUGUUUUAGCAAUCACAAAUGAGCUUAAUAAAUGCUUACAAAAAAAGGAGCAAGAUUUGGUAAAUGCCAUGUUACUUGUUGAAGUAGCAAAAAUAAGGUUGCAAGCAUAUAGGGAUGAAGAAUGGGAUUCUCUUAUUGCUAGGGUGUCUUUGUUUUGUAUCAAGCAUGAAAUUUUGGUACCUAACUUUGAGGAGCCAUAUGUUAGCUCUUUAAGAUCACGAAGGAGACUUGGUGACAAUAAAGUCUCUCAUCAUUAUCGUGUUGAGGUAUUUUGCAAUAUUAUUGAUUGGCAACUUCAAGAACUUAAAGAUCGUUUUGGCGAAGCGACAACUGAUUUGCUUCAUGGAAUUUCUUGUUUGAAUCCAAUUGACUUGUUUUCAAGUUUUGAUAUCAGGAAAAUAAUGAAAAUGGCUAAAUUAUAUCCUGAUGACUUUAAUGAAUUCAAUAUGGGUUCUCUUGAGAAUCAACUUGCAAGUUACAUUAUUGAUGUUCGUGAUGUUGAUGAAAGGUUCUACAAUCUAAAAGGGCUUUGUGAUCUUUCAAAAAAAUUAGUUCAGACAAAGAAGCAUUCAAAUUAUCCUCUUGUAUUCCGCUUAGUGAAACUUGCUUUGCUUCUGCCGGUUGCCACUGCAUCCGUUGAAAGAGCUUUUUCAGCAAUGAAGUUUAUCAAGAAUGACUUGCGGAGUCAAAUGAGUGAUGAUUUUUUUAGCGGUUGUUUGGUGCCUUAUCUAGAAAAAGAUGUAUUUGAUAAUGUUUCUAAUGAUGCUAUUAUUAAGACAUUUCAAGAUAUGAAACCUCGUAGAGUACAAUUGUGAACUCCAUGGUCUUGCUUGUGUAGUCUAACUUAGUUUCUUUGUUUUUGCUUCAAAAGCUCCCAAGCUUUUACUUUUGUAAUAUGGCAUCUUCAAGUUGCCUUUCUUAAUGGAAACUUCUUACUUUA